UUGGGUUUCCAUUCCAUCGUAAUUUGAAAGACAAAAACAGCAUGUCGUUGGCCACUGUACACUCGGCGUGCCAGCGGAUGCCACUUCUGCUGAGGACACCAAUGUGCCACCUUAGCUCCUCCGCGACUGUUGCCUCCCAACGAACAGAUCCCCAGCUGUUGAGCCCCGACGACUAUGCGGCCCUUCUGUCGACAGAGCAGCAAGAGCGAUGCAUGAAGAAGAUGCGCAAUCUGCCGGCCUUUCCCCGACCAAAAUCCUUGACACCCAAUAUGCGCGAAAAGCUGUCGGCCUCCGUGCUCAUAGCUCUUUGCCAGGAACGGGGCACCGACGAGAUCUCGCUGCUUUAUACUCGCCGUUCCCGGCACUUGCGUAGUCACAGCUUCCAGAUCUCCUUUCCGGGCGGUAAGCGGGACGAGAGCGACGCGAGCUAUGUGGACUGUGCCCUGCGCGAGACUGAAGAGGAAAUUGGGCUCUCUCGCGAUCGCAUUCAGGUGUGGGGGGAGGCAAAGCCCCUAUAUUUGCCCCGAACCUCUGCCAUUGUGCCUGUGGUCGGCGUUGUGCCCGACUUUCACAUGUCGGAGCUGCGUCUGAACUGGGAAGAGGUGGAGGAAGUAUUCAGCAUACCGCUGAACGCAUUGAUGGCACCCAAGGCAGCGCGGCACACGCAAUUUCGUAGCGGCUACAGUGGCCCCGUCUUCGUGGUUGAUCACUACCGCAUCUGGGGCAUCACUGGCUACCUGACCCACGUCUUCCUGCACUGUCUGCUGCCCCCGAGCCUGCUGCCCGAGUCCCUCAAGACGAAUAUCAAAUUUGUGCGUCCCUUCAAAAUUCCACCAAAACCAGGGCAUCAUCAUCAUUCGGACCCAUCAAUGGCUAGCUAGUUGGGAACGGAACCCGGCCUAGGGCUUCCACUCAAUUGAAAUUGAGUUGGGUGAACCCCCAAAUGGGUUGCACACUGGUGACUGUUUCGAUUAAAUCAAUCAUCCGCCAAAAAGCUCGUGUUCUCUUCUGUUUCUUGUUAUGUACAGACUUGUUUGUAAAAUUUAAUAAAACUGUUGUUGACUUUUACAUUAUAA